AUGCGUGAAAUUCUUCACAUUCAGGGAGGCCAAUGCGGUAACCAGAUCGGUGCCAAGUUCUGGGAGGUGGUGUGCGCAGAGCACGGGAUUGAUGGCACCGGACGGUACCAAGGGGACACGGAUCUCCAGCUCGAGAGGGUUAAUGUGUACUACAAUGAGGCCAGCUGCGGAAGGUUUGUUCCCCGAGCCGUGCUCAUGGAUCUGGAGCCUGGUACCAUGGACAGCGUCCGAUCCGGACCCUAUGGCCAGAUCUUCAGGCCUGACAACUUUGUUUUUGGUCAGUCUGGGGCUGGAAACAACUGGGCUAAAGGGCAUUACACCGAGGGUGCAGAGCUUAUUGAUUCUGUUCUAGACGUUGUCAGGAAGGAGGCCGAAAAUUGUGACUGCCUGCAAGGGUUUCAGGUGUGCCAUUCAUUGGGAGGAGGAACAGGGUCUGGUAUGGGGACCCUGUUGAUUUCGAAAAUAAGGGAGGAGUAUCCUGAUAGGAUGAUGCUGACAUUCUCGGUGUUCCCAUCUCCAAAGGUUUCUGAUACUGUUGUCGAGCCUUACAAUGCAACAUUAUCUGUUCAUCAGCUUGUGGAGAAUGCUGAUGAGUGCAUGGUUCUUGACAAUGAGGCACUGUAUGACAUUUGCUUUCGAACGCUGAAGCUGACUACUCCUAGCUUUGGUGAUCUGAAUCAUCUGAUAUCUGCAACCAUGUCUGGAGUUACCUGUUGCCUCCGAUUCCCAGGCCAGCUCAACUCUGAUCUCCGCAAACUUGCUGUCAACCUCAUUCCGUUUCCUCGUCUUCACUUCUUCAUGGUGGGAUUUGCUCCUCUCACCUCACGCGGGUCUCAGCAAUACCGGUCUCUAACCGUUCCGGAGCUUACUCAACAAAUGUGGGAUUCAAAGAACAUGAUGUGCGCUGCUGAUCCCCGUCAUGGUCGUUAUUUGACAGCUUCUGCUAUGUUCCGUGGGAAGAUGAGCACAAAGGAAGUCGAUGAGCAAAUGUUGAAUGUCCAGAACAAAAACUCUUCCUACUUUGUCGAGUGGAUUCCAAAUAAUGUCAAAUCAACUGUUUGUGACAUUCCACCAACUGGGUUAAAGUUGGCAUCGACAUUCAUUGGAAACUCGACUUCAAUUCAAGAAAUGUUCCGCAGGGUUAGUGAGCAGUUCACAGCUAUGUUUAGAAGGAAGGCUUUCUUGCAUUGGUACACGGGUGAAGGAAUGGAUGAGAUGGAGUUUACUGAAGCUGAGAGUAACAUGAACGAUCUGGUGUCGGAAUAUCAGCAGUACCAAGAUGCAACGGCAGAUGAGGAGGGAGAGUAUGACGAUGAGGAAGAAGAAGCGUACGAUGAUUGA